AAAUCACCAGAAAUCAGUUUACAAUUAUGAACUGAGCACAUUUCAGUCUCCAUGAGAUUACAAGUGAAUAUAGAAUGCUUAACAUUCUGACUUUUCUUUUCUUUCUACAAAUUAGCUCUAGAGUGAUUCAAGGCUCAUUAGGUUCACGAAAGCUAAGUGAUGAGUUUGAACAUGGUCUGAGCAGGAAGAACGUAAGAAGUCUGUCGUUUGUGGUUAAAUUUAAAAAGAACUCUCGAUUAGAUAGGAGAACUAGAGUCAACGAUAUAUUAAGGGAUUGUGAUUUAAGCGAAGCUGAUCCCAUAAGAAAAGAUAUAUGGAUUCUCAAACACAAACUACAUCAUGAAUCUCACAAAAAAAAAUUCAUCAUUGAUGAAGAACAGGAUGACGAACGUCUGUUGGCUUCAGAACGGGACUAUGCUGAACGUGUAUUAAAGAUCGAUAAGUCACAGCUGAACAGUAUGGCGUCUACCAUUGUAAGUUGUUUACAUAGAAAUGAGGACUUGGAAUGGUUUCGUCAAGAAAUAAUACGUAAGAGAACGAAACGACAGAUUAAUUUCCAAGAUCCUAAAUUUCAAGAACAAUGGCAUCUGAUGAAUGAAGAGAAUCGGGGCAUGGAUAUCAAUGUAACAGGAGUCUGGAAUAGAAAUUUCACAGGACGAGGUGUGACUGUUGCCGUUGUUGAUGACGGUUUAGAAUGGAGAAAUAAGGAUUUAAUAGAUAACUAUAAUCCAUCAUCCAGCUAUGACCUAAAUUCAAACGAUAAUGAUCCAACUCCUCGUUUGCGAAAAUCUGCUCAGUCAAAAGCAAGAUCAUCAUUUAACCAUCAUGGUACAAGAUGUGCUGGGGAAAUAGCUGCUGUGCCAAAUAAUUUUUGUGGAGUUGGGGUUGCAUUCAAUGCAAAGAUUGCUGGAAUUCGUUUAUUAGAUGGACCGUUAACUGACGCUCUUGAAGCCAAGGCAUUUUCAUUCGAAACUCGACAAAAUGAUAUUUUCAGUUGCAGUUGGGGACCAGAGGAUGACGGGGCAACUGUAGACGGGCCGCACAAAUUGGCAAGCCUUGCAUUAGCAGAAGGGGUGUUGUUGGGGAGGGGAGGUCGUGGAUCAAUCUAUGUUGUUGCAUCUGGAAAUGGGGGCUUUAAAGGAGAUAAUUGUAAUUAUGAUGGAUAUGCGAAUUCUCCUUAUACUAUAACUAUAGGAGCUGUCACGGAAUAUGGAAAAAUGCCAUUUUACGCUGAGCAAUGCGCUAGUAUGUUAGCUGUAACUUUUAGUAGUGGUUCCAUGUCUGAUAGAGCUAUUGUAACUACUGAUUGGACUUUAGGCGAUGCAAAUGGAUGUACAGCAUCUCAUACUGGAACAAGUGCUGCAGCACCUAUAGCUGCUGGCAUUAUAGCUUUAAUCUUAUCUGCCAAUCCUUGUUUGUCAUGGAGAGAUGUUCAAUAUUUAAUAGUUCUCACUGCUAAACAAGUUGACCCUGAGAAUGCUCAAUAUAAAAAAAAUAAAGCAGGCUUACAGCAUAGUUAUAAACACGGGUUUGGUUUACUUGAUGCUUGGCGACUAGUAAAUGCCGCUAGAAUUUGGCAGAGUUUACCAUGGCAGGCUGUUUUUGUGUCAAAAGAGAUGAAAGUAAACUCAAGAAUUCCAGGGAAUGGAAAAGCCUUAAAACUUGAAUAUCACACACCACCUGAUUUUGAUGAUUAUUUGCUCAAUGUUCUAGAAUAUGCCUUAGUUUCAAUUACUUUAACGCAUGAAUGUCGAGGUGAAGUAGAAAUUAUCCUAUUGUGUCCAAGCGGGACAAAAUCAGUCAUUGGAGCUCGACGCAAGUUAGAUAAUUCAACAGCUGGCUUAAAAGAUUGGCAAUUUUCAACAGUAAGAUGUUGGGGAGAACCUGGUAGAGGCAAGUGGACUCUUUUGGUAAAAGAUCACGGAAAAAUAUACAGAAAAAGAAGCAGAGGUAAACUGGUUAGUUGGCAACUAAAAUUAACCGGGACAUCUUUGAAGUCCUCCGACCUUAAGCACAGGCAGGAAUUAAUAAAAGGAUCAUAUAGUGGAAUAUAUCUAAAUUCAACUUUCUUACCUCCGUGUUCUCCCCCAAAUUCCAAAAUUAUUAAUAGUAGCACAUUUAUAUCGAAAAAAGUUUUAAAAAUACUUUUAUUGUUUGGUUGUGCUGCAUUAAUUUCCACUAUUUGGGAGUUACUUGAGAAUCUCUGCUCUUCCGACACCGAAAUUGCCGAUGAGGAAAAAAAUCUAUUGAAUACGGAUUAA